CAGCAGUCGGAUCUUAUCGUCGUCAGAGUCCGGGUCCAGGGGCUUGUUGUACUCCUCGUCCUCCACCUCGUUCUCCGAGGCCUCCCCGCCCUGCCCCGCCAGGCUGGCCUGCGUGGAGCUCGGCUCCGAGGCGCUCUUCUUCCUCCACUUGGUGCGUCGGUUCUGGAACCACACCUGAACACAACAGGUUGGGAGGUAUUAAAACACGUGCUUGUGGUAGAAAACAUUCUUGACCUCAUUUCUGGAUUACAAGUGUAGUAGAUAAAAAAGAAGGACCUUCCCACAAAACAGAUAAGCAGUUUCAUCCUCUUUCCCUCUAACAUUCUUUGGUCGAUAAUUACACGAGGGAAUGUUUGUGUUUUGAAGCCACACGUGCUCCAUGUUUUAAAAGCAGCCAACACUCCAGCUUCAUUAUAACUCAACCAAGAUACAGACGUGGACACAUGAUUUCUCAAGACAUCGAACAAAGACUCGACAAGAUGGUGAACCAAAGAGGCAACAGGAACUCUGUUGGAUCAGAGACGCCGCACAAAUGUAACCAGUCCUGCCUGGGCCCUCUGACUUUCCACCCUCAGGCUGUGGGAGACAAGGUCCGCCUGAGCCAGGGGUGUCGACGCGCAGACAAGACGGAGAACACUUUCAAAAAUGGCCUGGUGUUCAGCAGCCGCCCUGUGAAGAUCCAGGAGAGGAUUCAGCUGAGGGUGGAGAAAGAUUUGAUCAACUGGCAAGGAGCUCUGCGUGUGGGCUUCACCACCGUGCCCCCGGAGACCAGAUCCCUGCCUCUGCCCAUCAUGGCCAUCCCUGACCUCACCAAUACUCAGGGACACUGGGCUGCUCCUCUGAACGAAUCCCACUGCCAAGCAGGAUCCGAGCUGGAGUUCUGGGUCACUGGUGCAGGCUCUGUAUAUGUUGCAAACAAUGGCACCAAGGAGCACAAGCUGCUGACUGGAGUGGAUCUCAGCCAGCCACUGUGGGCCAUGAUAGACAUCUAUGGACAGACAUGCAGCAUUUCCCUCCUGGGCUCAGAGAAAAGGGAAUUGUUUCGCACCAGACGGUCCUGUCCUGCACCUGAACGCCUCACUUCACCUGAUGAAGACAGCCACAGUUUGAUUCAUGGCAUCUCAAGGCUGCACGGAAACAGCGACGAAAGCAUCUCAAGUGUGGGCAUCCCAGCAGGUGGAGACAGUCCCUGUGUGGUGUGCAUGGAAAGACAGGCCAGAGUCAUUCUGACUUGCGGCCACCAGUGUUUGUGUGACCGAUGCGCCCCCAAAAUCUUCCAGCAUUUUGGCACCUGCCCGCUGUGCAGACACAACAUCACAUCACUGUCAGUUGAGAGGAGCCGUGUCUCCGGGCAGCUCUGAGCUCCAAGAUGCCAAGCAGAAAUCACCAAAUAUGAGCUAAUGAGAGACUGAUGCAAAAAACACUUUGAGUAGCAUAUACUUAAUGUGUCCUGGGAGCUGCAGAAUGUCAUUCACCCUUUCUCCUCCUUCAUAUGUGAAUAUUGUACAGUAUGUGUAAGAUAAAAUGUACAGAAAUGUGUGAAACUUUACUGACGAAACAGCACUUUAAAUGCGAUUGUUAAAAAGGGAUAAAGGCAAUCAUGAGACCAUUUGAUGAAGACAAUCUGUGAAUAAUAUUUAUUGCACAGUGUAAUGUUUUAAU